AUGUCCCAGAUUCUACCUGUUAUUAUCAUUGUCACGGGGUGCGCCGCGUUGAGCGGCUCCUCGAUUUUGCCGCCAAAGAUGCUGAACGACCUUAAGCGCAGGACCAACGUGUCGAUGGAGCGCUACCACGAGCAGGAGCUCGCCAUCAUGGAGUCGAGGACCCAACUGACCCGGGACUCGCCGGCUUGGUACCUGGCCGCGUCCCACGAGAUGACCCCCGAGGCGAAAAAUCUCACGGAAAUGGCCAUCAGGAGGGAAACCAUGGCCGUCAUGCUCGUCGAGGCCCUACACAUGAGCCCCAAGGACGCCCACAACCUCCUGCCGAGCGUCGGCACCACCUUGGUGAACAUAUGCUCGGGCGACUACCUGCGGCUAGUGGGCGAGUGCAAGAAAUCCGAGUACCGCUACCGUAGCCACAGCGGCAGGUGCAACAACCCCCUGUACCCGGCCCGUGGUUCGGCCCUCGAGGCUUACGUGCGCCUCUUACCUGCCGAUUACGCGGACGGGGUGUCCCUGCCCCGGGGGGGUCUGCCGAGCGCUCGGUCCGUCAGCACGACCAUGCACUCGGGCGGGCCGGACCUGCAGCACCCGCACCUCAUGGCCUUGACCGCCCUGUUCGGGGAAUUCGUGGCGCACGACUUGGCCCACACGCCCCGCGCGGGACUGCCCAACGGCGAGCGGCUCAAGUGCUGCGACGUGCCCUUCGACCGCUUCCACCCCGAGUGCUUCCCCAUCCAGGCCGAGGCUGGUGGCUGCAUGGAGUACGCCAGGUCGGCCCCCCACCCUGGAAACGUCCACCAGGGUUGCAAGCUCGGGGCCCGCCAGCAGAUAAACCAGGCGACCUCGUACCUCGACCUCUCGCCGGUGUACGGUAGCUCCGAGGCGACCGCCCGAGUCCUGCGCUCGGGCAAAUCGGGCCUGCUCAACACCCAGAGACGCAACCUGCCCAUGGCCUCGACCGACCCCCGCAGCUGUCGGCUCGACAGCCGUGCCUUUCCCUGCUUCCUCAGCGGCGACUCUCGCGUCAACGAGCACCCCGGCCUCGCCCUCAUGCACCUCUUGUUUCUCAGGGAGCACAACCGGCUGGCUGAGGGUCUCGCCAGCAUCAACCCCCACUGGGACGACGAGAGGCUGUACCAGGAGGCCCGGCGGAUCACCAUAGCUGAGAUGCAGCACGUCACCUACGGGGAGUUCCUACCCGCCGUCCUCGGCGAAGCCGCCAUCGACGACUACGAGCUGCGGCUGUUGAAUCGCGGCUACUUCCAAGGCUACGACUCGCGGGUCGACGCGACGCUUACCAACGCGGGGGCCUCGGCGGGGCUGUUCUUCGUGGCCGCCCUGACCCCCAAGACCCUCGAUCUCGUGGACACGCGGACCGAGGAAAAAUCCGGCGAGCGCUCGCUCCUUUCGGCCUUCUACGCGCCCCAGGAGCUCUACGAGGCCGGUGCCAUAGACCGGCUCAUCGCCGGCGCCACGGCCGGUCACUCGCGCAAACCCCUGCCCGCGAGCUUGAACGAGGUGCUGGUGGAGAGGUACUUCCACGACGGGAGGACGCGCGACGCGCCCAUAGACUACGCCGCCCAGAUGAUCCAGCAGGGCCGGGACCACGGGCUCCCCGGUUACAAGCUCUGGCGGCCCUUCUGCGACCUACCCGAGCUCAACGGCUUCAAGGACCUCGAGGGCACGAUCGCCGCCGACGUCAUUCACCGGCUACAGGGCGUUUACAGGAGAGUGGAGGAGAUAGAUCUGGUGACGGGUGCGCUGGCCGAGGCACCGGUGGUGGGUUCGGUUCUUGGGCCGACGUUCAUCUGCCUGCUGGGGAGGACCUUCCGGAACGCGCGGGUCGGCGAUAGGUACUGGUACGAGAGCGGCAAGGGCCCGGGGCCGUUCACCCCGGAGCAGCUGCAGGAGGUGCGCAAGACCUCCAUGGCGAGGAUACUGUGCGACAACGGGGACAGGCUUAAGCGCGUCCAGCCCCGGGCUUUUCUCCUCAAGGACAGGUUCCUGAACGCUUUGGAGAAUUGCACGGCGUACAAGCUCGGUGACGUCAACCUGCUGUUUUGGAAGGAGAGGCCGUCGGUGGCCGGUAACGCCGUGACUGUUGUCUGAGAGCCGGCGUGGGAGGCCGACGCGAUUUCUAAACCGAUCGAGGGAGCUGAUCGAGAACGGCGGUAUAAGUCCGCGCGCGGGAGGGAUACGCGCGAUUAGGAAGCUGGUUUUUUUUUUUUUUUCUUUUUCUUUUCUCAACUUGUCAGGACUUUUCGUCGUUGUGUGUAGCGUAGAGAGAAAGUAGCCUAGUUAUCGAGCUCAAGUAUAGAUUAUUAUCUCGAUUGUAUAGCACUUUGGGUGAAAACUGACGCUGGACUUUUCAAUCGAUCGAGGCAAAGAUGACUUUUGUGCUAUAAGGCAUUGAAUUAAAAAAAAAAAAUUUUUUUUUCCUUCAUCGAAAGUAAUCCAUAAGGGUAUUGAAAAAGAGAGAAAUGUACCGUGCAUAUAUGUGGUUGUUGAAUUACC